ACUCCCCGACCAAUGGAAACGCCAUCUACUUUUUCGGGUUAACUCCAUAAGAUGGCAGUGAUGUAAUGACAUGACUUUCAGCUGCAGUAAAACUCAGAGAAGAAGAAGAAUUUCCGCGGUUUUUUGUAUCGAGUGUAUUGUAUCAUGUGCCUGCCUGCAGGAACAGCAGUAACACAGAAGCACUGACAGCCUCAGAGCUGUCCUCUGUCCCGGAUUCUUCCAAUGUCCCGCAUUCUGAACGCUAUCGUGGCUGUGUGUCCUGACCUGGGCAUCGGGAAGGAUGGGAACUUGCCCUGGCAUCCAGUUAGACUCAACAACGAAUUCAAACAUUUCCGUAAGAUGACAGCGACGCCCUCUGUGGAAGGCAAGCAAAAUGUGGUGAUAAUGGGCAGGAAAACAUGGUUUUCCAUCCCAGAGAAAAACAGACCUCUGAACAACAGGAUCAACAUCGUCCUCAGCCGGGAAUGCAGAACGCCCCCUGCAGGAGCCCAUCACCUGGCGCCAGACUUCAACUCAGCUCUCAGGCUGCUGGAAACAGAGCUGGCAGAACGAGCUGACCAGGUCUGGGUCAUUGGGGGCGCCUCGCUCUACAAGUUUUGGUUGCUUUGGUCUACCCAGGAGUUGAUGCAGAGCCCAGGGACCAAGAGACUGUUUAUUACGCGAGUCCUGAAGCAGUUUGACUGUGACACGUUCCUCCCUGAAAUCAUUCUGGACAAACAUCGUCUACUGCCACAGUUUCCAGGAGUGUCACAGGAGCUACAGGAGGAGAAUGGUAUCCAGUACAAAUUUGAAGUAUAUGAGAGCAUUGAUUAACUAUGCAAUUAGAAAUAAUAAAACCAAACAAUGUUAAUCCUA